UCCCGGUUUGCUUCCCGGCGCCCGUACCUUCGCUUGUGGAUCGCGAACCACGUUACGAGCUACCGGGACGCCAUAGACUAGACGGGCUUCCGGGACUCGUCCAGAGGCGGCGACUCUUUGCAGACGUCCCCGGGCACGAGAGACUGCUGUUUGUCCUGUCUAAAAUGGGUGUGAAGAAGAAAAGAGAAAUGCAGGUUGCUGCAUUAACUGUCUGUCAUCAGGACCUGGAAAUUUUGAGAUCUUUUGCUGAUGCGGAAGGGAAAAAUCUAGCCUCUUUGUUGCUACAUUGUGUACAGCUCACGGAUGGAGUGUCCCAAAUCCAUUCUGUUAAACAGAUUGUGCCUUUUCUGGAGAAAGUAGAUAAAAAUGGUGUGUGUGAUCCUGCUAUUCAAAGUUGUUUGGAUAUUUUAGCAGGCAUUUAUUUUUCCUUGACUCUGAAGAAUCCCUUGAAGAAAGUUUUAAUAAGCUCACUGAAUGGCCUACCUAAAUUUUUUCUGACUGAGGCUAUACACAGUUUUACUUCUCACCUGCAAGAAGAAUUAAAUACUGCUGACUUAUAUUCUUAUAGAAAAGUAAUAGACAAUAUAUCUUCCUGCAUGGAGAACUUUAACUUGGGUAGAGCAAGUGUUGUCAAUCUACUUGAAAAUGUGCUUCAUUUUCUGCACAAGAGUUUAAUUGAAAUCCUGGAAGAAAACAGAAAAUUUGCUGGAAAUCAUAUUGUUCAAACACAGUUAAUGAAUGACUUGUUGGUGGGUAUUAGAGUUUCAAUGACAUUAGUACAGAAAGUACAAGGUCUCCAGAGUGAUCUUGGGAAUGAUUCUGGCUCUCCCAUCUGGCAAACUAUGUGUGGCUUGCUGAGCGUUUUCACCAAGUUUUUAAAUGAUGACAACCUACUGCAGACUAUUCAGAGCACAUCAGGAUUAGCUGUCAUUCUUUUCCUGAAGACCAUGCUCCAUCCGUCUGAAAAGCUUCCUGAGUUGAUCAGCAGUCUGCUUCUGCAAUCAGUUGACUGCACCAGCAUCCCUGAGUGGUUCAUGAGCAGCUGCAGGAGCCUUUGUUGUGCUGACAUGCCGGCGUCUACUCUCUUAUUCCUGUGUCAGGGAACACUUGCUAUGUUGGACUGGCAGGAUGGAAGCAUGGGCCCAAGUGGGGAGGCUUUGCUCUUGGAUACUGUGUGUGUUUUGUUUACCUUGAGUUCACAGAUUAAGGAGUCAACACUAGAAAUGUUCCUGUCUAGAAUCUUGGCAUCUUGGACCAAUUCAGCCAUACAUAUCCUUGGAUCAAGUUCCCCAAGCCUAAAAGACUCUCUGAAUGGGGGUUCCAGCAUAGCUAGGAGACUUUUGGAAUACGUCUAUACACACUGGGAACAUCCAUUGGAUGCUCUGAGACACCAAACCAAAGUCAUAUUCAGAAAUCUUCUGCAAAUGCACCGGCUCACUACAGAAGGGGCAGAUUUAGUGACUGACUCUUUCUUCCUGGAAUUGACUAAGAGUCUUCUCCAGUUGGAAUGGCAUAUUAAAGGGAAGUACGCAUGUCUUGGCUGUUUGGUUGAGAGUAUUGGAAUUGAGCAUAUUUUGUUAAUAGAUAAAACAAUUCCAUCUCAGAUCUUAGAGGUGAUGGGAGACCAAUCAUUGGUACCUUAUGCAAGUGACCUUUUGGAAACCAUGUUUAAGAAUCAUAAGAGCCAUUUGAAGUCCCAGACUGCCAAUACUUGGAUGGAUGAAUGGCAUGAGACUUGGGUUUCUCCUCUCCUUUCUAUACUGUGUGGAGGAAACUUGGAUCAGAAGUCUUAUGUGAUCGAUUAUUACUUGCCAAGGUUACUGAAUUACAGCCCUGAAAGCCUGCAGUACAUGGUGAAGAUUCUUCAGGCAUCUAUUGACACUGAAGCUGGGGCUUGUAAUCGCAGAGGGGCUCUGGGAGCUUUGAUGGCGUGUCUACGGACAGCUAGAGCUCAUGGACAUCUUCAGUCUGCAACUCAUGCCUGGGAGAGCCUUGUGUGUGGGGCAAGGAUAAAGCAAGGCUUAAUUCACCAACACUGCCAAGUGCGGAUAGAUACACUAGGUUUGCUUUGUGAAAGUAACCGGAGCACAGAAGUGGUCUCUCCAGAAGAAAUGCAGUGGGUUCAGUUCUUUAUCACGUAUAAUCUCAACAGCCAGUCUCCAGGGGUGCGGCAGCAGAUUUGCUCGCUCCUUAAAAAGUUGUUUUGCAGGAUACAAGAAAGUUCUCAAGUACUUUAUAAGUUGGAGCAAAGAAAAUCCACACUUGACUCAGAGAACCGGUCCAGCAGAGAGCAGCCUCCUGUCUCUUUGCAGCAGUAUAAGAAUUUCAUGUCAUCUGUUUGCGACAUUCUUUUUGAAGCAUUGUUUCCUGGAUCUUCCUACUCAACAAGGUUUUCAGCUUUAAGCAUAUUGGGAUCAGUAGCAGAAGUGUUUCCUGUCUCAGAAGGUACCGUCCAAACAGUGUAUCAGCUGAGUCAUGACAUUGAUGCUGGCCGUUUCCAAAUACUGAUAGAAUGUUUUACUAGUACUUUUGAAGAAGUGAAAACCUUAGCAUUUGACCUUCUGAUGAAGCUGCCAUCAGUAACAGCUGGACAGUUCCAGGAUCCUGAGAAACUGCAAGACCUGUUCCAGGCAGCGUUGGAGCUCAGCACCAGCACGAAGCCGUACGACUGUGUGACUGCCUCCUACCUGCUGAACUUGCUGAUAUGGCAAGAUGCCCUGCCAGCCUCCCUUUCUGCCUCCUCAGCAUGGUCGCUCACAUGUGGGGCUGGAGAGAAGGCUGCUGUGCUGGAAAGGAACACAUUAGUGGUUAUUAAAUGCUUGAUGGAAAAUCUUGAGGAUGAGAUAUCUCAGGCUGAGGUCUCCCUGCUUCAGGCUGCAUCCUCAUUUCCAAUGUAUGGAAGAGUCCACUGUAUAACAAGAGCUUUUCAGAAGUUGCCUCUACAUGACCUGCAGUUGGUGAGUGAGUGGAGGCUCAUGGUGGAGAGGCUUUUGCUGCUGUCCUACAGGCUUUCUGCUGUGGUGUCUCCUGUCAUCCAGAGCUCCUCCCCGGAAGGCCUCAUCCCUAUGGACACUGACUCAGAGUCAGCAAGCCGCUUGCAAGUCAUUCUCAAUGAAAUUCAGCCUCGGGAUACUAAUGCUUACUUCAACCAAGCCAAAAUACUGAAAGAACAUGAUAGCUUUGAUUUGGAGGACUUGAGUACCAGUGUCUCAAAUAUUGAUAGCUUUGCAGAAAUCAAAGGUAGAGAAGGAAGAACAUGUGACGUCACUGCUCAGAUGGUCCUGGUGUGCUGCUGGAGGAGUAUGAAGGAAGUCGCUUUACUUCUCGGCACCCUCUGCCAGCUUCUCCCCAUGCGACCUGUCUCAGAAUCUUCUAGUGGGUUAUUAACAGUGCAGCAGGUAAAAGAAAUAGGAGAUUACUUUAAACAACACCUUUUACAAUCAAGACACAGAGGAGCAUUUGAACUGGCUUAUACUGGUUUUGUGAAACUCACUGAAAUAUUAAACAGGUGUUCUGAUGUGAGUCUGCAAAAGCUGCCGGAGCAGUGGCUGUGGAGUGUUUUGGAGGAAAUUAAAAGCAGUGAUCCCUCUUCCAAACUUUGUGCCACAAGGCGCAGUGCUGGGAUCCCUUUCUACAUACAGGCAUUGUUGGCUUCUGAACCAAAAAAAGGAAAAAUGGAUUUGUUGAAAAUAACAAUGAAAGAACUGAUCUCUUUGGCUUUAUCUGUAGAUGCCUCAAAGGGCAUAGUCCCCCAGGUUCAUGCUUUAAAUAUCCUCAGAGCCCUGUUCAGAGAUACACGUCUGGGAGAAAACAUUAUUCCUUAUGUUGCUGAUGGAGCUAAAGCUGCAAUUCUGGGAUUCACAUCACCUGUCUGGGCAGUGAGAAAUUCAUCCACACUUCUCUUUAGUUCCUUGAUCACAAGAAUUUUUGGAGUUAAAAGGGGAAAGGAUGAACUUUCCAAAACAAACAGGGAUCAGAAGUAUUCCAUGCCAGAGCCAGAGCUAAAGCUCAGUCGGUAUGGGCCUGAGCAGCGUGCACAGCAGCCCUGUCCAGUCUCCUACCACACUGUGAAGUCCCACACUUGCAAGUUAGAGGCAGCAAGAAUGACAGGAAGAGAGUUUUUCUCUCGUUUUCCAGAACUGUAUCCAUUUCUCCUCACGCAGUUGGAAACUGUAGCCAAUACAGUGGACAGUGAGACGGGAGAGCCUGAUCGCCAUCCCAGUAUGUUCCUCUUACUCUUGGUGCUGGAGAGACUCUACCCAUCUCCGAUGGAUGGCACGUCGUCUUCACUCAGCUUGGCACCUUUUGUUCCUUUCAUCAUCAGGUGUGGUUGCUCGCCUAUCUACCACUCCCGUGAAAUGGCAGCUCGUGCAUUGGUCCCCUUCAUUACAAUAGAUCAAAUACCAAGCACCGUCCAUGCUCUGCUAGACUCACUUCCCAACAGCACUGACCAGUGUUUCCGACAAAACCAUAUCCAUGGGACACUUCUGCAGGUUUUUCAUUUGUUACAAGCCUACGUUACAGACUCCAGACACAGAACAAAUGCAGAUUUUCAGCAGGAACUAAGUGACGUCAUUGUUUGUACCAAAGCCAAACUCUGGCUAGCCACAAGGCAGAAUCCAUGCUUGGUGACCAGAGCUGUGUACAUUGAUGUUCUCUUCCUGCUGACUAGCUGCCUGGACAGACCUGCAGAAGGCCAGCAGCCAGCUUUGGAGAAUCUUGGCCUCUGGGAAGAUGUGAGAAGAAUUGUCUUGGGAUCAGAGCUGGUUACAGGGUUCCCCUGGACCUUCAAGGUGCCAGGCCUGCCGCAGUACCUGCAGAGCCUUACCAAACUCUCCAUCCCUGAAGUGUGGGCAUCGCUGGCUGAGGCUGAAGGACAGGCGGUUCCUGUUCCUCUCUCUUUCCCUCGGCUACUGGAGUCUUCCUUUCCUGAAGUGCGCUUGUUAACCCUGGAAACCCUGCUGGAAAAGGCAGCGUCCUCUGAACUGGAAGAAAAGGGACCACAUCCCUUGCUGUGUAAUAUGGGGGAAGAGUUCCUGCUGUUGGCGAUGAAGGAAAACCACCCAGGAUGUUUCUGCCGGGUCCUGAAGAUCCUCUAUCAUAUGAACCCCAGUAAAUGGCUUCCCCAGACAGAAUGUUGUGUUCACCUUUCCACAAAGGAGUUCCUGAUCUGGACUAUGGAUAUUGCUUCCAAUGACAGAUCUGAAAUCCAGAGUGUUGCUCUGAAGCUUGCCUCCAAAGUCAUUGCCUACCACGUACAGACAUGUGAGGAGAACAAGGAUUCCCUAGCCUCUGAGCUGAGGCAGUGGGUCCAGCUGGUUGUCCGCUCCUGUGGAGACCAUCUUCCUACUACAUCUAGACUGGCGGCUGCUGCUGCCCUCACAAGCACCGCACCCCUGUUCCUCACCAGUCCCCAGCCCAUUCUUGAAUUACAGGACACACUUUCACUCUGGAGGUGUGUCCUUACCCUUCUACAGAGUGAGGAACAAACUGUCAGAGAGGCAGCCACAGAAAUCGUGACAACAGCCAUGUCACAAGGAAACACUUGCCAGUCAACAGAAUUUGCCUUCUGCCAAGUGAAUGCCUCCAUUGCUCUGGCCUUGGCCUUAGCUGUUCUGUGUGACUUGCUCCGGCAGUGGGACCAGCUGGUACCAGGACUGCCCAUUCUGCUGGGAUGGCUGCUAGGAGAGGAUGAUGACCCACAGGACCUUGUACAGAGCCCACAUCAGGGAGAAGAUGACUACAUAUUCGAAAAAUCGGAAGUCAACUUUUGGGCCGAGACUCUGACCUUCGUGAAAUACCUAUGUAGGCAACUCUUCCAUCUCCUUCGUCAGUCUGGCUGGCCGUCCCCUCACUCCCAGAAGCUUUGUCACCUGCAAAUGAUAGCAUCAGAGCAGCGUCACCUUGUCUCUCAGCUCUUCAGAGAACUUCCACUCUCGGCUGAAUUUUUGAAGACAGUGGAGUACACGAGGCUGCGCAUUCAGGAGGAAAGGACUUGGGCUGUCCUGAGGCUGCUGGCCUUCCUGGAAGGAAAGGAAGUUCUCAGAGCCGAAGACUGUCCUAGGGAACGGAGACAGUUAAUGGCCCCAAGAACAGAAGCAGCAUGCUGAGAGAUGGCUGGCUGGGGCCAGGGAGCCGACUCUCUCCCCAGCUCUGCUCUACAAGAAACAUGUUGGACAGAAAUUGAAACUCUUUCCUUUUGUGCCUCCCCCACUUCUGGGAGCCUAAGCUCCUUCCUCCAGAGUGCUUUGUCUUUACACUCAUUCAAGGCAGCCGUUUAUCGUUUAUCGCAGCUCUCCCCUAGGAAGUGAGGCUACUAUGUUGAGUAUUUACUCUGUUCCCAGGUGCAGGCCACCUGCAGGCCUGAAUUAGCCUUUUCUAUCAUGAAGAACUGCCAGUCCAGCCAGAGUAUAUUUUCCAUACACUGACUAUGAGUUUUAGCACACACAAGUUCCCCCACCCCACGUACAGACACACACACACACACACACACACACACACACACACACACACACACACACACUGCUCUUUUGUCUGUUUUGGUUUGGGCUCUGUAUAGGAGCUGGAAUGCUUACCAAACAGCCUAUUUGGCCAUAUUUCUAAACUUUCUUCCAUUUUAGCAAAGGAAAAAUAUGUCCCAAGUGUUGGGUUCUGGGAGAACUAAGAAUCCACCCCAGGCAAAUACUUGCGUUUUAUUAUCUACAGGUACAAGUUCCUCCUGUCUUUUCCAGAAAUGUCUGUGAGUGCUAGGAAAUCUGGUUGUUGCCAUCAGCUAUUUGAAGGAGUUUGGGUGAAAGAGAAGCCUGAACAAUGGCUUGAUUAGUCUGACGCCUACACUGCUUACUGUGCUGUGAUUGGUGGACGCAAUGAAACGACUCUUAUUUCAGAUGUUAAUAAACACAUUUAAUCCACUUCAGCGAUUCCAUCUAGAAACCAUAAGGGUUUUUCCUCAGUUCCAAGCCCAGCCAACAGGCUUCCCCAGAUACCCAGCAGGUGGCGCCCUUGCACACAUUAUGCUGCUUGUCUAGUUCUUUAGUUUACUAUCUUAAAACUUAUUUUAAACUAUUAUCAGCACUGUGCAUGAUGGUCGGGCACCCAUGCCACAGCAUGCAUGUCUGUGGAAGUUAGAAGACAGUCAGUUCUCUCCUUCCACCUUUACAUGGGUUCCAGAAAUCCAACUCAGGUUCAGGCUUGCAUAGCAAGAGCCUUUAUCCACUGAGCCAUAGCAUUGCCGACCUGGCUUACCACUGGUAAUGCAUACUUUCACCACAGACAGGUCCCAUCAAACUGGAUGUGCUGUAGCCUGAUGCACAUUCCUAGCUACCUACAAGACCAUGCCAGCAAUGGUUAGAAACUUGUAGGGACUGUAAAUAUGUUCCCAGAUGAUUGGUCACUUAGGUUUAUGGGGAAAGACUAGAGAGGCAUUUACUUUCCUUCUGCAGAAAAGCUGCGAUUUCAAAUGGAAUUGGUCCUUGAGACUAAUACCGUCCAGUACCACUUAAAAAAAAAAAAAAGUAAAGAACUUGUCUUUAGGAAGAGGAAAGACAGGGCAGUGUCUCUAGCAUCUCUGAGGAGGACCAGAAACCCCCUAGGUGGUUUUGCAAACAUUCGGCACCAGGUAUGGUUUGUAUGAUCCUGUAGUAAUUACCUAGUUAGGCACCAGUCUAGCCCACCCUUGAAAAAUUAAACACCUAAUGUUUUCUAGUUUGUUUUUGGUUUUGCUUUUCAGAGCCGGGGGGUAGCUAUUUACCCCAAGCUGGCCUCACACUUGUGUUAACCCUCCUGCCUCUGCCUCCCUAGUGCCAAGAUUAUAGGCACACACUACCACGCCCAGCUUUACCCUACUUUUUUACUCUAAGAUCUACUUGGUGAGAGGGGCUGGUGGUUUGUGUCAUGGGAAUGAUAACUGUGGGAGAUUAAUUCUGAUCAGGGCCCAACGAAGGCCAGCUCAUGGGCGAAAGCAACCGUCCCUCUCCCCACCCAUCUGGAAUGAAAUAAAAGCAGUUACAUAACAAUAAAUCUAUCUCACACUAGCAGGCACGCUGCACCAAAGCAUGCACCAGAACAUGGCUACCUUAUCUCCAAGUGCAUCCUACCAAGUCUACCCAGUGGGUGUUCUCGCCACUGCUGGCUGGGAAUUGCCCCAGAUUUGGAUCUUGACUGGCUAGGACCAGCCUGGGGGGGGGGGGGGGGAGAGACAGGAGGAAUAGAUGCUUCUGCGGGUUUGUAUCUGAAACCCUUCUAGCUGCAGCUAGGGGUAUGGUUGCUCCACACUUUCCUGAGAGGAACCUGGAAAACCUUAGUCACAGAGUUUCUGUUUGGGGCCAUUUAGGCCACAGGUACCCAGAACUGUCUAGGGGACCAAGCAACACGGAUGGGAACAGUGAAGCAGCCAUCUUUCUUGAAGUCACUACUUGCUUUUGACUCCAAGCUCUAGGGUCCUAAGAUUUGGGUGACCCUCAGUCCCUCUGCUCGGGCCACAGUCAAAAGCCAGUUUGCUUGACUGUGUAAGAUGGUGUGGGCUUUAUCUACCUUUUGGACACCUUGGGUAUUUUGUGCCUGGACAGAAGUGACAGAGGGAUGAGUAAAGGAUGAAUUUUAUAUUCGUGUUAAAAGUAAGAAAACUCAAGUACCAAACAGACCGUGUGAUCUGCCCAGACCACGUGACUUACGGAGUCUGAACCUCAGCUCCGAUCCAUUUUUUUUUUUUUUUGGUUUGUCCUUUAUUGAGGUAUGGUCUCCCACUGAGCUGUGGUAGGCUGGCCUAAAAUGCAACUCAGCCUCCCAGGUGCUAGGCUUAUAGGAGCUAUACCCACUCAGCACUAAUUUUUUACCCUGAAGCCCUCCAGCUUUGCCCUGGGCUGUAACUACAGGGGCAGCAGGCGCCUCUGUGGUCAGCAAAUGCACGCUGAACUCGGGAGCCUGUUGAGUGACAGGUCCUACCUCCUUCCCUUCCAGGUUAACUGAUACAGCCCAGGUGCAUACUGGACAGAGUGCAAGCAGACAGGAAGAGCAACGUGGGAAGGGUGUAGAUCAAUCGUCCUUCCCUGGCAGCUGCUGGGCCUUCCACCCAGGGCAGCCUGAGCUGCCAGCUGGGUGAAAUCACGGGCCCAGCUCCAGCUAUUGGCAGCCAGUAUGGAGUCAGUGUAGAGAAAAAAGACCUGAUUCCAAAUCGGUCGGCUGAGAAAAGCUGUGGAUGGCUUUAGCCUCACUGGGCGCUAGGUGGGGGUGUCUGCCCCCUCUCAGAAAGAGCCGGGCGACUUUUGGGAAAGCUCAUUUUUUCUAUUGAAAGCUAAUGGGGGUUACACCAAAAACAACAGACUAGGACCCUCCUUCGCCCCCCCCCGCCCGCGCGCGAACACACACACACACACACACACACACACACACAAACCCGAGUGGCGGUUCAGCAACCACCGUCUCCUGCAGUCAGCACAGAGCUUAGAUUCGAUGCGGUGCCUCCCAUAGGCCAAGAGAGAAGGUUGCAGGACUCGACAGGCUAAGGCUGUGCAGGGCGGGAAGCCUUAGCCAGCAGCUGCACCCCCACCCGAGAGGACUGGGGAGGCCAGGCCAACCGGCAGACAAAGGUGAAUGAAGGAAGUGACUUCCUCCACGUCCAUACUGCUUCCCCGACUUCCCUCUAGUUCCCCGAGCAGGCUCUCCCGCCCCGGACACACCGCGCCACUCCGCGCCUUUGGCCCAGGCUCAAGGUCUUGUGAUGUGAUUAGCAAAGCCAGCGCCUCGUCCAGAGACACUCAGCCCUGCCCGCAGGCCCCAGCGCUCAAGUCCUGUUUACUAAGCCUGGGCGGGGAGAGGGGCGGAGAAAUGGGCCAGUGCUUCACCAGGCUGGCCGCUCCCGCCCCCAUCCCUACUGUGUCUCCACGUGCUGCUGGGUUCGAGCUGCCACCUACGGGACAGGCCGCGAGUCCGUGUCGUCCUCCCCUCCCACCCCCCAGUCCCAAGCACCCUUUGCCAAUCAGUCUGGCAACACGCAUCAUUGCAAUACUGUCAUAUUUUGCAAUUCCCGCGCGCGUGCAAAACCAAGGGUGGAAAAGAAAAAGCUGUCCCAGUCGGCCUAGCAGGAUCUGGCGGGAAAAGGUACAUACAGGGUAGGACCGGUAGUCACAGAUAGAACGUGAACGCGCUUUUCAACAUUAUAGACCCAGAGGCGAAGGCGAGCGGGAUCUUCCCGCCACCGCCACCCCAGCAGCACCCAAAGGGGCCGCGUUCCCAACACCGCCCGGACGCCCGGGCUGCCAGCUCCGCCCCCUGCCCCCCCGGGGGGGAAAAAUUGGCGGCGACCAAUGAGAGGCCGAGAAGGCGCCUGACGCCCGCAAGCCGGCGGGCGGCGUUGCCUGGAGACCCCGGCGGGUCAGCGUUCAGUCCCCUCCCCCGGUGCGCUUUGCCCCGCCGCCGCGCGGCUCCCGGGCUCUAUAUAGGGCGCGCGCUCGCAGCUCUCGGAGUUCCACCAGUCUGCGAGCUGCCGUCGGCUCGCGCGGGGGGCGGGCCGGGGCGCCGAGCUGCGCUCUCGCUUCUCCUCUGCCCCCCCACUCCGCUCCGCGGCCUCCUCCCUCCUCGUCCUCCUCUACGACCCCGCAAGCAAACUUUCCGUCUCUCCCCGCCUCUCUCCUGCCCGUUAUUCGUCUCGGUUCGAGCCGGGCCGCGCCGCACCGAGGGCUCCUCCCAUCCCUUCCCGCUUGCAGUUCCGACCAUUACA